AUGCGGGACUUCUCCUGCUUCGGCGACGGCACCGUCAGCCUCGCCGCCGGGGCCGCCGCCGGCGGGGGAGCCGGCGUCGCGCUGGACCGCUCGCUCCAGGCGGCCACCGCCAGCGUCUACCGGGUCGCGCUGUCCUCGCGCAAGGAGCUCCGGAUCAGGGUCACCUGGACCCGGGCCGUCGCCGGGGCUGGGGCCAUCGCGGCGACGGCCCCGGCUGCCGGCGCAACCGGGCUCGCCGUGGCCGUCGACGACGGAUCCCGCGCGCUGCCGGUGGCGGCGCCGCUCGGCACGCCGCGCCGGACGACAGCGGCGGCGCCGGCGCCGGCGGCCGCGCAGCAUCUCCUGCAGAAGAAGCGCGGGACGCGGUCCUUCGCCACGGAGGCCGGCACGGCGGUGUCCAUCUACUGGGACACGGCGGAGGCCAGGUACCACCGCCCGGGCGCGCCGGAGCCCUGCCGCGACUACCACCUCGCCGUGGUCGCGGACGGCGAGCUCGCUCUCCUCCUCGGCGGCGGCGAGGGCGCGCGGGAGCUCGCGCGGCGGUUCGCCCCGGCGCCGCGCCGCGCGCUGCUCAGCCGGCGGAAGCAGGUCCGCGGCGGCGGCCCCGGGGCGGCGGCGCAGCUGGUCCACACGACGCGGUGCCGGUUCCGCGACGACGGCGCGGAGCACGAGGUCACUGUGGCGUGCCGCGGGGAGGAGUGGGGCGACGGCGGCGGGCCCUCCCGGGACGGCGAGGUGGCGGUCAGCGUCGACGGCAAGAAGGUGGUGGAGGCGCGCCGGGUCAAGUGGAACUUCCGAGGGAACCGGACGGCGGUGCUGGGCGACGGCGCCGUGGUGGAGGUCAUGUGGGACGUCCACGACUGGUGGUUCGCCGGCGUGUCCCCCGGCGGCGGCGGCGGGGCGCAGUUCAUGUUCAAGGCGCGCGGGGCGGCGGACGGCGGCCGGGUGUGGAUGGACGAGGAGAUGGCCAGCAAGGGCCAGCCCCCCGCCGGGUUCUUCCUGCACCUGCAGUGCUACCGCCGGUGA